GUAAAAAAGCCAAAGAUACUGAAGAAAGAGUGCAAAGAACCACAGUUUAUUACCAAAGAAGGGUUAUUCAUUAUAAGAAAAAAGCCCACCAUAAUUGGUGGGCAGCUCGGUUUGCCGAGAGAGAACUCCAUAACUUUAAGAAAGAAAAUGUAUAUAAAAGCAAAAAGUACCUGAUGGUCGAGGAAAACUGCCAGAUAGAUCAAAAGCCUGGUGUGUCAUUUGUGGAUGAAGAUCGUAACUAUAGAAGAAAAGAAAUCUUAAUCUAUAGAAAUAGAAUCAAUGAUCUUGAAAAAGAACUUCACAGAACAUUUCGUUAUUACCAGGAAGAGAUUGUUUCUGUUCAGAAAGAAACCCACAGUAAUUGGUUGGCAGCUUGUAUUGCUGAAAGAAGCCUGAAUGACUUGAAGCAAGAAAAUAAAAGGAAAAUGUAAGUAUAUCAGUGAUAACACUUGAAAACUUUGGCUACUUUAUUCUGCUUUAUG